AUGUUUACUGAGAACGAGAGAGUUCUCAGUAGUUCAUUGAUGGACGAGAGUGUCCUCGAUGAAAAGACACGAGUUGAGCGAUAUGACUCCCAAUCGUGGGAAUCGCUCAAGACAAAUCCUCUCUAUAGAGAUUUGGUUGAAUUCAAGGAUGUAUUUCCUGAAACUGUUCCGUGCGAAUUACCGAAGGAUAAAGGUAUUCGACACGAGGUCGAGCUUAAACCAGGCUCGAAGUACUGUGUAAUGAAGCAGUGGCCACUGCCUCGUGAACAAGUACUUGCGAUCGACAAGUUCUUUGCCGAUCGUUUAGCUGCGGGCCAUGUGAGGGAAUCAACUUCCCCACAUAGCUCUCCGACCUUCUGUGUGCGAAAAGCAACAGGAGGGUGGCGGAUUGUGCAUGCAUUCAACAAGUUGAAUGCUGCAACGGUACCGGCUCAGACGCCGAUACCAAGGAAGGACGUAAUCAUUGAUGGUAUGUCAAAGAGUACCAUCUUUUCUUCCAUGAAUUUGAUGGAUGGCUUCUAUCAAAUCCUUAUGCGAGAAUGGGACAUGCCCUAUACCGCAGUGAGCACGCCUAGCGGCAUGCUCUGGGAAUGA